GAUAAGAGAAGAGAAGAGAGAGAUUCAGUCGGAAAUGGCGGAUUACCACUUCGUGUACAAGGACGUGGAAGGAGCUUCUACUCAGUGGGAUGACAUUCAGAGGAAACUUGGAAACCUCCCUCCCAAGUCGCCUCCUUUCAAGCCGCCGCCUUUCACCCCCGCCGAAGAUGAAGACUCCUCCAAGCCCAAGGACAAGGCAUGGAUCGAUAAGAAAUCCGCCGAAGAGCUCGAAGAAAUUGAAGAUGAUUGUGAUGAAGACCCCUUACUUGAAGACUACAGGAAGAAGAGGUUGGUAGAGAUGCAAGCAGCAGCCAAGGUUGCAAAGUUUGGAUGCGUGAUUCCCAUUUCUGGAUCAGAUUUUGUACGCGAGGUAUCACAAGCUCCGCCAGAUGUUUGGGUGAUUGUUCUUUUAUACAAGGAUGGAUAUGCAGAUUGCCGGGUGCUGUUGCAGUGCUUAGAAGAAUUGGCUUCUAAAUAUCCAGCAACAAAGUUUGUCAAGAUUAUAUCUACUGAUUGUAUCCAUAACUAUCCAGAUCGCAAUCUUCCUACUCUAUUGGUUUACAACAACAGCGCUGUCAAGGCAAAUUAUAUUGGGAUUCAUAGUUUUGGUCGGAGAUGCACUCCUGAAAGUGUUGCCCUGGUUCUCUGCCAAUCUGAUCCGGUACUCAACGAUGGCCAUGGUGGAGAAAAGCAGUCUAGAGAAGCUGUUCUUGAUGGAGUUCGGAAGAGGUUUCUUGAGAAGGUUGUUGCAGAGCAUGAAAACGAUGAUGGCUCUGACAGUGAGUGAUUUGGUGUUGGUGAACUCUAUUUUUGCUUUCUUGUUUUCCCCUUUCUUUUAGUGUGAUGAUUUUGGAGGGUGCCUUUCAAAGUUUCAACUCAACUUAACAUAAAAGAGUCUAUUUAUUUUGGGAAUAUAGACACAGCUGUUCGGUUGGUUUUCACAUUGUAUGAACUCCGCAAAGAUGAACGUGUUUUCUUUCAUUCCUGAAUGGAAGGCAAGGCACUACACCUUUUGAUGAAGACAUAAAAAUAGAGUUCCUGAAAACAUAAUCUAUCUAUAUAUAUAUUUCAAUUGCAACCCACUUCUUCAAAAAGUGUUUGGGGAAGGGGAAGGUAAAAGGUUAAAUUCACUGCAGUGAAACAAAAGAUCACGCAUCAUUUGUCUCCUCCACAGCCCAUUCAUUUAGAACACACGAUUAAACUUUCUGGUAAUAACCCUGCUGGAAGUGCAUGCUAUGACGUAUUGGUUGAUGUGCCCUUCCCAAUACACAGAGAACUGAGUGCAUUGCUGGCAAGCACAGAAAAAACUGAAGAGAUAGAUGCCUGUGAUGAAGCAAUUUGUGCUGCUAUUAGGAAAAUCCAUGAACACAGAAGGAGACGGGCAUUCUUUCUUGGUUUUAGCCAAUCUCCUGUUGAGUUCAUUAAUGCUUUAAUUGAUUCCCAGGGUAAGGAUCUCAAGCUUGUUACUGCAGAAGCUAGUCACAAUGCCGAGAAAGAGCGUCGGUCAGAUUUUUACAGCCAGCCCUGCAGCAUAACAUCUACAUACCGUGGCGGGUUCCAACAUCUCUGCAGGGGAGAGCUUCUUUGGCGGCUACAGCUGAGGCUGUGUUAUGCUGCCCCAGUGGCUGUUGGUGUACCGUAAUGGCACUGCGACGGGGUGGUCCAAAAUGGAGGGUACAGGCGUCCUUGAAUUGAGUCCAAGAAAAUUGGUGACCAUCCUGCGCUCGACGUUUGUACCAUAAUUGAGCGCUAUCGAGUAGAUAAUAUGCAGCUGUGGUGACUUUCUCAUGAUCGGUAUGUGACGGUUUGAUGAUGAAGCCAAACCAGAGGGUCGCUUUUGCCAUCAAACGUGGGGAACUCGAGUUUGGUAAAUCGAGUCGGAGGAGUGGGAUCAGCUGGUAUGUUGUAUGAGAUACUGACUGGUAUGUUGGUUUGGUCCAUUUGUCAUCUUAACUACUACUUUUUAAAGGUUGCAGGCAUCAAUUAUGUAUAUAAACCAUGAGCUUUGUACUUUGAUUUGUUACAAGAGUACUAUAUACAUAAAUACAUAAAUGAGUGAUACACUAGAGGUCUUGAAAACUGGAUGUAUGUAUUGGGUAAAUCUCGCAUUGUCCCAAAUCAAAAAAAGACCGUAAUAAAGAUAUAGUCUUGGUUA